AUGGCCAACACGACAGAGAAGGGAUAUGAUAGUGGGACAGACAGCCUCGACAAUGUCUCGCAAGAGGUCCGCUUUGAGCGCCCGACAGGCCUCAAGGGACUGUAUUACCAUCCAAUGACACAGGUCGCUCUAAUCGGUUUCGUGUGCUUCAUGUGUCCUGGCCUUUUCAAUGCUUUGAAUGGUCUGGGUGCCGGAGGUCAAGUCGAUAAUACUACUAGUGCCAACGCCAACGCAGCACUUUACGCAACAUUUGCAUUCGCUGCCUUUUUUGCUGGAUCCAUCAAUAACGUCCUUGGACCCAGGCUCACUCUCCUCAUCGGAAGCACGGGAUAUGCCCUAUACAUCGGCUCGUAUUUGGCUAUGAACAUCCAUCCCAAUGCAGGUGGUUUUGUCAUUGCAUCCGGUGCCAUCUUAGGCAUUUGUGCAGGUCUUCUAUGGACCGCCCAGGGCUCACUGAUGUUGGCUUACCCGACCGAAAGUCAGAAAGGUCGCUAUAUCGGAGUUUUCUGGACCAUUUUCAAUCUCGGUGGUGUCGUCGGAGCCUCCGUCUCAUUGGGCCAGAACUUCCACUCUGAAGCGAAUUCUGUCGGCAAUGGAACAUAUAUCGGAUUCCUGGUCCUAACUCUUAUCGGUGUUACCAUCCCUUUGUUGAUGGUGAACCCCAAUAAAAUGAUCCGUACCGACGGUACCAAAGUCACCUCACCUCGCCACCCUUCAUGGAAGACCGAGAUCAUGGGGCUUGCGAUAGCACUGCGCAAAGACCCUAUGAUCAUCCUCCUCUUCCCCAUGUUCUUCGCAAGUAACUGGUUCUACACAUGGCAAUUCAACGAGUACAACGGCGCACUAUUCAAUAUCCGCGCCCGUUCGCUCAACAAUCUUGUGUACUGGAUGUCUCAGAUCGUUGGUUCGCUGGCUAUCGGCUUCUUGCUCGAUCGACAAGGGCUUCGUCGCCGGGUCCGCGCAUUCCUGGGCUGGGGUGUCCUCCUCGCCAUGGUGUUCAUAGUGCAUAUUUGGGCGUAUUUCUAUCAAAAGAACUAUACUCGUGAAUCUCUACCUCCAGAUGCGGUCAAGAUGGAUAUAAAUGACCAUGGAUAUGCUGGUCGCAUUUGGCUGUACAUCUUCUGUGGCUUUUUGGAUGCUACGUGGCAGACUACUGCCUACUGGAUGAUGGGUGCCAUGUCCAACGACCCUGCAAAGCUCGCCUACUUCACUGGAUUCUAUAAGUCUCUGCAAUCUGCUGGGGCCGCCGGCGUGUGGCGUGCAGAUGCCGUGAAACGACCAUUCAUGCACAUCUUUAUCUCGACCUGGGUCCUCCUUGUAGCUGGAUUGAUAUUCAUGCUGCCGAUGAUCUAUUUGCGGGUGACUGAUCAUACAGAGGAGGAAGAAACUUCGCCCCAUGCCCCAGCGGACGAGGUGAAGGCGUAA